CGGUGGCGCGCGGAAAGUGCGUCACGUGACGGCUGGCUCCGCCUCUUCCUCUCGGUCCCAUAUUGAACUCGAGUUGGAAGAGGCGAGUCCGGUCUCAAAAUGGAGGUAAAACCGCCGCCCGGUCGCCCCCAGCCCGACUCCGGCCGUCGCCGCCGCCGCCGGGGGGAGGAGGGUCAUGAUCCCAAAGAACCAGAGCAGUUGAGAAAGCUGUUUAUUGGUGGUUUGAGCUUUGAAACUACAGAUGAUAGCUUAAGAGAACAUUUUGAGAAAUGGGGCACACUUACAGAUUGUGUGGUGAUGAGAGAUCCCCAAACAAAACGUUCCAGGGGCUUUGGUUUUGUGACUUACUCUUGUGUUGAAGAAGUGGAUGCCGCAAUGUGUGCUCGACCGCACAAGGUUGAUGGGCGUGUAGUGGAACCAAAGAGAGCUGUUUCUAGAGAGGAUUCUGUAAAGCCUGGUGCCCAUCUAACAGUGAAGAAAAUUUUUGUUGGUGGUAUUAAAGAAGAUACAGAAGAAUAUAAUUUGAGAGACUACUUUGAAAAGUAUGGCAAGAUUGAAACCAUAGAAGUUAUGGAAGACAGGCAGAGUGGGAAAAAGAGAGGAUUUGCUUUUGUAACUUUUGAUGAUCAUGAUACAGUUGAUAAAAUUGUUGUUCAGAAAUACCACACUAUUAAUGGGCAUAAUUGUGAAGUGAAAAAGGCCCUUUCUAAACAAGAGAUGCAAUCUGCUGGAUCACAAAGAGGUCGUGGAGGUGGAUCUGGCAACUUUAUGGGUCGUGGAGGAAACUUUGGAGGUGGUGGAGGUAACUUUGGCCGUGGUGGAAACUUCGGUGGAAGAGGAGGCUAUGGUGGUGGAGGUGGUGGCAGCAGAGGGAGUUAUGGAGGAGGUGAUGGUGGAUAUAAUGGAUUUGGAGGUGAUGGUGGCAACUAUGGCGGUGGUCCUGGUUAUAGUAGUAGAGGAGGUUACGGUGGUGGUGGACCAGGAGGAUAUGGAAACCAAGGUGGUGGAUAUGGUGGCGGUGGUGGAGGAUAUGAUGGUUACAAUGAAGGAGGAAAUUUUGGAGGUGGUAACUAUGGUGGUGGUGGAAACUAUAAUGAUUUUGGAAAUUAUAGUGGACAACAGCAGUCAAAUUAUGGACCCAUGAAAGGGGGUAGUUUUGGUGGAAGAAGCUCGGGCAGUCCCUAUGGUGGUGGUUAUGGAUCUGGUGGUGGAAGUGGUGGAUAUGGUAGCAGAAGGUUCUAAAAACUCAGAAGAAAAGGGCUACAGUUCUUAGCAGGAGAGAGAGCGAGGAGUUGUCAGGAAAGCUGCAGGUUACUUUGAGACAGUCGUCCCAAAUGCGUUAGAGGAACUGUAAAAAUCUGCCACAGAAGGAACGAUGAUCCAUAGUCAGAAAAGUUACUGCAGCUUAAACAGGAAACCCUUCUUGUUCAGGACUGUCAUAGCCACAGUUUGCAAAAAGUGCAGCUAUUGAUUAAUGCAAUGUAGUGUCAAUUAGAUGUACAUUCCUGAGGUCUUUUAUCUGUUGUAGCUUUGUCUUUUUCUUUUUCUUUUCAUUACAUCAGGUAUAUUGCCCUGUAAAUUGUGGUAGUGGUACCAGGAAUAAAAAAUUAAGGAAUUUUUAACUUUUCAAUAUUUGUGUAGUUCAGUUUUUCUACAUUUUAGUACAGAAACUUUAACAAAAUGCAGUUUUGAAGGUGUUUCCUUGUGAGUUAACAAGUAAAGAAGAUCAUUGUUAAUUACUAUUUUGUAUGAAUUUUGCUAAAGUUAACUGUAAAGAAACACCUGCUGACUUGCAGUUUAAGGGGAAUCUAUUCUCCGCAUCUCCAAACCAUGACAUGAUGGCUCUGACAUGUGGAGAGAAUAGAUAUUUGUAUGUUUGCAAUGUGUGUUUUAGAUAAUAGAAUUGGGUAUUUAAAUUAGCAUAUUUGUGAAUUUAAUAGCAUUAAGAUUUACCUUCAAAUGAAAAAUCUCAAAAUUUCUAUUUGGUUUUUGUGCAUUUUCUUUCAAAAUGUAAUCAUGAUUUUAGUGUAUUAGCUUUGCUGAGAGUCCUAGCUGUGUUUAGAACAUCUCCAUUCUACAUUCACCUUGGUCACAAGUGAACUGCUGCCAUAGUUUUAUUUGGGUGUAAAGAAUGUCUACUGCCCUCUGUUUAAAUUCUGGGAAGGGGUAGUGAAUGUUUCCCCUUUCCUCCUACCUUAGGAAACAUUCUGAAAAUGUUGAAAAUACAAGACCACUAAGCCUGCUGAAUCUGAGCAAAUUAGUGGCUAUCUUUUUUUUCCUUUUUAAAGCACAAGAGGCCCGUAAAUCUUGAGUUAUUUUCCUUGGUUUAAUAUAUAUUUUUUUGAUACAAGCUCUCAGAGCAAGGGAAUAAAAAUCAUGCAUUGUUGAACCGUUAACUGGCUGGCAUGCUCUCCUGUUUGUACCCUCUGCAUUUUACUGGGUGAAAACCAAGGGUAGUCUAGAUGGAAAUCAUCCCGGAUACUUAACUGCAGUGGACUUGAGCACCGUUGCUUAGUACAGAAAAGCUUUUCACUUCCCUGAGACCUGAAUUCAAAUUUGAAUAGUCAGCUUGUACUCACUUAAAAUCCCAAAGAACACACUGUUACUCAUGUGUAUGCUUGAACCUAAAUCAUGUUGGUAUGAGUUUACAAUUUGUUUGGAAGAUCCUUGUUGAGAAGAGUUUUAGUUAACAAGGUCACAUAUAUAUAUAUAUAUAUAUAUAUAAAUCAAUGUCUACUGUUUUGCGCCAGCUAGUGUUUACAAUUUCAUUCAAGCCCUGAGUAUGUGCCCUGUUGUUAUUGUUUCUUUGGCAGUUGAACGUUGAAUUCGAGAUUCUUAACUUUUGUUUUAAGAAGUACUAAGCAAAACAAGCAAUAAAGGGGGGAUGGGGCGUGCUAGUGUUUGACUAUGCUCUCGUUGCUCUAAUUCUGUGCCUCUGUGCAUUAAUAUUUGGAUGCAUGCCAGCAUGGAAAUUGGUCUUCACAGACACUGCAGUUUUUCAGAAAACACUCACAAACCAAUAAAUGUAACAGACAACAUUCCAUUUGUUAAUGAACAUAUGUGAAUAAGCAGUGUAGAAAAUAGGCUAAUUAUCAGCAAAUGGUUAAGUCUUUAACAACUUAAAAGUGUGGUUAUAUAAAUGGACACUGUCAAUGUUCAUAACUUAAAUCUGGGUACCUGGUCAAAAUAAUGCUUGGGAAACAUUUUAUUAAAAUUAAGCUAAAUUGUCUCAAGGUUUUUUUUUAUUCAUAUAAUAAAGGUUGAAGGAAUG